CGUCGCCACCGCCUGGAAAUCCCCGCUGGAAAGUCCGGCGUGUUUUUCCCCUCUGUCCUGGCUCCAUCAAAGGGAAGGGAGGGGAAGGUAGGAGUGUCCUCAGACAGGGAGCGGGAGCGGAGCCAGGCGCCGGCGCGGGUGUAGCGAGCGGUGCGGCCGAGAGCCGAGUCGAUGUGCCCGCUGCGGCCGGCAGGCUGAGAGUGAGUGAGUGAGUGCGGACUAUCACCGAGCCGGCUCUGCGGGACAUGGCAGCUGACGGCAACCUGCUGCCGCAGUUCCUCUUCGCCAGCAACCUGAGCAAGUACGUGAAGCUCCGGGAGAAGAUCCAGGGUGACCUGCUGAAGCCGGGCUGCGCCAAAAGGCUGAUUCACCACUUCAGGAGCUUGCACAGGUACACGGUGGAGCUCUUUCGCCAGAGUCACUUCAGCCCCACGUUCCGGAAUAUGAUCCAAGACACUCUCCUGGACAGAGCACUGCAGAACGCCCUGCAGGGCAGCGGCAACCUCAACUGGUGCAGAGAGGUCAAGAAACUCGUCCCUUUGAAAACCAACGGUGACGGGAACUGCCUGCUACAUGCUGCAUCGCAGUUCAUGUGGGGAAUCCAGGACAUCGACCUCACCCUGCGCAGGACCCUCUGGGAGGCUCUGACCGCAACGGACACCAGGAACUUCAAAUUACGUUGGCAGGUUGAAUCCGUCCGCUUGCAGGAGUUUGAGGCAACAGGCCUCCGUUACGACACCAAGAACUGGGACGAAGAAUGGAAAAAAGUAGUUAAAAUGGCCUCUGUGUCCUCAAGUUCGGAUCAGCCCGGACUGUCGUACGAGUCGCUGGAGGAAAUCCACAUAUUCGUACUUGCCAAUAUUCUUCGGAGACCAAUCAUCGUCAUUGCAGACAGAGUGCUGAGAAGCUUUGACAACAACACUAGCUUGGCCCCCUUGCACUUUGGAGGGAUUUACUUGCCAUUGCACUGGCCAGCACACGAGUGCUACAAGUACCCCAUCGUACUGGGUUAUGAUAUGCAGCAUUUCUCUCCACUCAUUGCUAUCAAAGACAGGAAUCUAGAAAUCUCUGCUAUUCCAUUGGUCCACAAUGGAAGGAGAAGAUUUGAAGAUUUCACCAUGCACUUUUUGAUACCAAACGAAGAAGAAAAUAAAGAUAAGCUGUUGGAAGAGUACUUAAACCUGGUUGAAAUUCCCGUACCUGGUCUGGAGUUUGGAACCAUUCACCUGAUUAAAGCUGCAAAGCUCGAUGAAGGCAAUCUCCCUGAAGACUUGAAUUUAGUGGAGGAUUACUAUCAGCUGGUGAACCACGAGUACAAACAGUGGCAGAAGAAUCUGCCAGAGAAAAACCGGCCCUUUCACAACCGUGUGCAAAUAAAUGGCACAGUGUACCAAGGGUCUCUCAUAGAGGAAAAAUGCUCCACGCAAGGGUGCCUCUUUUACUGUUCUGUGGAGACGAGGCCGUUUUGUCACGAGUGUUUUGAACAGGCCAAGGCCACAAAGGCCGAGGGCAAACUGAAAGGUCAAGUGCAGCAGAAAACGAAGGGGUGCUGCCCCGCUCGGACUGAGCUGGUCGUCGGUGUGACGUCCCCGGAUCCCGAGCGCGCGUCGCGGCCUCGCUCAGCACCCCCCACCGCGCCCAGCCUCGCCCUCUUCAGCGAAACAAAUGCCAUGAAAUGCAAGGUUCCCAACUGUCCCUUUACGUUAAACGUCCAGCACAACGGAUUGUGCGAACGCUGCUUUAAAUCAAGGACCGCGAGGGCGGGCAACGUUCCUGAGAGUCAGAUUUCUGAGGCGAACAAACAGUGCCACACGGAGCUCAGUUCGGAGAGGUUGGGUUCUCCACAGGAGAAGGCCAGGACUAAACAAGUUACCGGUGAGCCAUCACACCAGGAGUAUACCCAUUGUAGUCGAUGUCUUCAGGAUACUGUAACCACAAUCAAUGGACUGUGUAAUAUGUGUUUGGUAAAGACAUUUCAAGGAAUUCAUUCGUCUUCGCAUGAAGACUCUGGAUCUCAGUUUUCCGGGCACGAGAGAUCGCAUUCAGAUCCGAGCCAGGUUGCAAGGAACAUAGGCCACACGUCGGCCAACGAUCAACACCAGACCCCCAACGUCUGGGGUGCUGCCGCUGGGGCACAGCUGCCGGAGAUCACAGCACAAAACCAAGCUGCCCUCGGUCCCGAGGAAGCACACAGGACCCGCCAGUCUUGCAGGAACUCUGGAUGCCAGUUCUUUGGAACAAAGGAAAACCAUGGUUACUGCACCAUUUGCUACGUUGCCUACGGAGAAAACGGUGAAAGCGCUUCAGCUAAUCUUUUGCGCCGGAAUUCUCACCACCCACCUCAGAAUGACCUGAGAUUCCAGAAUAUGCCUCGUUGUCGCGGCCAAGAUUGCAGCACAUUUGGAAAGAGUCACUUUGAAGGAUAUUGUCAAAAAUGCUUCAUAGAUACACAAUACCAAAGAUACAGGGAAGCAACGGGGUCCAAAGACAAUCCCAGCACUCCUGCAGAUCACAACGAGUUGAGUAAUCAGAGGAUUAAAUGUGCGAGAAACUCCUGUGAUAACAUUCUGACAUCCAGUGACUAUGAACUUUGCCUAAAGUGUCAGCAGGACAACCAUGGCACCCCCCGAGAUCCCGCCUCCAAACACCCAUCAAUACUGCGCUGCCACGUCACGGGCUGUGAACAUUUCGGCAAUGAAAAGUGUAAUGGAUAUUGCAAUGAGUGCUAUGCUUUUAUUUCCAAUUACCAGAGAAAAUAGAUUUCAUUGCCAAGCCUGGAGAGAAAGGGCAGUUCUUGUCCAAGAGGACUUGCUGCUUAUGGAGCCCUUCAUGGGAAUUAAAACAUCAAAUGAAAAGCUUUCUGAAAAACUUAAUAAAGUAGUUUGAUUUGUAAUUUGACAUAUUUAUUAUAUUAAUAAAUUCUUUUUACAAUUGUAUUCUGUUUGAAGUAAAGCAUAAAUUAGUUUUCAUUCCUCCAUACUUUAUAAUAAAUAGAAUUAAUUUUGAUUGAUUGAAAACUCUAAUAAUGUUUGCACAUGAAAAAGCAACUUUCUAAUAAAUUAUUACUUAUUUACAAAGCACGCGCUAACUUUGUCUGCGGCUUGGAAUUCGUAGUUAUUUGAUUUCAAGGGUUGUUCUGCCUUGUUACACAGAAUAUCUCAAAUGUGUUGAUACAUUAAACUUCAUCCUUCCCAUUUCCUAAUCAAUGUUUGUGUCACUAGAAUGCUUUAUUUAAGUUGUAUCAACUGGAUGUGGAUCAUUUUCAUGGAAAGAAGCAUGGGUCAAACUUUUAUCACCUACCCCUGUCCUCGUAAAGGUCACACAAGGCUAUCUUGAAUUCCGGUCAAAAUUUAAACUAAAUUUAUCAUGAAAUACAUAGACUGUAUGUUGCUAUAUACCACCUAGAGAUUCAUUUUCUUGCAGGUAUUUGCAGGAAAAUAAAGAAAUACAAUAGAUUUUAUGAAAAACUAUAUUUAAGAAAGACCGACAACCAAUGUGCAAAAGAAGGCAAGUCGUGCAAAUAAUAAAAUAAGUCAAUAAACAAUA